AUGAAGAAUAUUGCUGCCAUUUCCGCUUUAUUGCUGUCUGCUGUCACGGCUGCACCAGUUGAGCAGCGCCAGGCCACGGAGUUUGACAUCACCAACUUCAGUGCGAACACCACCCCUCAUGGAACUGCUGCAUUUUUGUCCUACGACAUCGACAUCCCCGGCAUCUUGAGCACCCACUGUGCCUACUCCGACCAGAGCUCUGUCGGGUCCCUCCCAGAUAUCCCGUUCAGGCCAUGUGACAACGCAGCUGUCGAUUGGCAGUUCCGCCACGAGCCCUCUCAGCCAGGCGGUUCGGGCCCGUAUCUUAUCGUGAUCAGGUACCAGGACGAGACAGGCCGCAAGUUCGCUGGUUUCAAAGAGUGGCCCGCGGACCAGUUUCCCAUUGAGCAGUUCGGUGCCUCAUUCGCGCAGUUCUACCGCGGCGAGCCCAACUUCGUUAUCACCAAUGUUUCGUAA